AUAUUGAACUUAAAUGAUUACUACACUUAAAUUCUAUGCUGUCAACUACCUUAUUGUUAGUAAAUGAACAAAGAAAUUAUGUGGUUAUAAUUUUUCUUAGCGAAGAGAAAGAAGAAACAGAGAAAAAAAUUGAAACAAAUGCUCCAGAAGUUGAUGAAGAUGGAUUUUGCAUUCGACCAAAACUUGAACGUUGGGAAAAUGAUAAAGGAAGCUUUUAUUCAAGUUCUGACAUGGAUUCUGAUGAAGAACGUGAGCACAAACUACACGUAGAAAUAAAACCAUUAACAAAUGGAUCAGCACCAAUGUCUGCAAGUGUGGAUGAGUUACGUGCAACUGUUGAAACUUUGUCACUGUCUCCUCUUGGAACACUGCCUGGUCGCAGAGGUUCUAAUUCAGAGAUGGAAAAUAAUAUGAAGCGUUCUCAAUCAGUUUCUCAGCAAAUAGGGUUAGCACAAGGAAAAUCUGGCAGUGAAUUGUUAGGUUUAAGUUUUUGCACAAGUCCAUCAGCAAGUGCUGGCGGCUCCACAGGUUCCACACCUACAAGUCAUCAUCACAAUCACCCAUAUGCACCUCUGCAAAGUCCAAGCGGAAAUCCUUCACAGACAACAACAAUACACAGUCCCACUCUGGGUAGCUCUACGAAUAGAUAUGCUGAUUUAGGUGAUAUUUUUUCUGAAGUUGGUGAAAUUACAAGUAAUAUUGGUACAAUGAAAUUGAGUAGACAAACAGCAUCUGCCAAUUCAACCGGCAGUAUAGCAUUGCCGAGGCCACCUUCUCGAAGAUCUGAGGCUGGAGCCAGAGGUCGCAUUAGCCCCUCUAAUGUAAAUAUGUCUCGCACGGACAGUCUUAGCAGUGUGGGAGGUUCUGGUAUUGAGUUCAGAGCGAGUUUCGGCUCUUCUCGAGGACCCUCACCUCUUACAAUUGGCAUGGCAGACACCAUACCAUUAGCAGUUGCAUUUCAUGAAAUAGUUCAUGCAUAUUUUAGAGGGACUGAUGAAACAAUGUGCAAAGUGAAAAUGUCAGGUGAUAUGAUGCUGUCAUUUCCAUCUGGAAUAGUUAAUGUUUUUGCCAAUAAUCCUAAUCCAUCAAAAUUGUGGUUUAGGAUAAGGAAUUCACAAAAACUCGAAAAUAUUUUGCCAAACAACCAACUUGUUUCUAUUGAUGUUCUACAAUCUACACCUGAUAACAUAAUAUUAGAAUUCAACAUGCCUGCCUUAACUGCAUUAUUACGACGCCAGUCAGAACAAAAUCCUACUGCAGCUUAUUUCAAUGUUGAUAUUUUGAAAUAUCAAAUUAAAACUAAACCAGGUGCUGGUUCUUGCCCCUUCCAAUUGGUAUCAUAUUGGAAAUGUGAACAAAACCAUACGGAUUUGAAAAUUGAUUAUAAAUAUAACUUGCACGCCAUGAGCAGUCCUUCUCCAUUGCUGAACGUCUCAGUUGCAGUUCCAGUUGAUGGUGGAGUAACAGAUUUGCACUCAAUGCCAUCAGCUAUUUGGAUAUCAGAAAACAAUACGUGCCUAUGGAAAUUUACAGAACUUUCACAACACUCAGAGAACAAAGGAGUUGGAUCAUUGAGAGCCAGGAUGGAAAUUUCAAAUGGUCCAAGCACACCUGCCACUAUAAGAACACAGUUUAAUUGUGAAGGAACAACUUUAUCUGGAAUGGAGUUUGAAUUACUUGGAUCAGGAUAUAGAUUGUCACUUGUUAAACGUAGAUUUGUUUCAGGAAAAUAUAUUUGUGAUGGAGAUAAGCAUAUAAAUUUAUCUGCCUCUUGCCCAAUCUCACCUCCUGUGCAAAGUCCUGAUUCAACCACUAGUCCUCGAAAUGCUUCAGCAGCCAGCUAAUCAAUUGCUUUCAGUGAAUGUCUCAAUUUCCAUAUUGGUUAGUAUUGUUUUUGCAACAGUAUUUUGUUUUAAAAUUAUUGAUGCAUAAGUUUCUCAUCUGAAUUUUGCAAGUGAAGAUAACUCUUUAUUAUCAUAGGUUAUAUAACUGAAAUUUCAACCAAAAUUACCAAACUUUUGCUAGUUUUGAUUGAAGCAAAUCGGAGUGUAGAAUUGAAAAUAAUUUUGAAAUUAAUUAAA